AUGGCCGCCGCAGCUCGAACCUAUCUGGCGUUCCAGCACAACGCCAAGCUUCACAAGCUUCAAACACUCGUCACCGCUGUUCUUCCCUUCAGCGCCCUUGAAGAAGCCAACCGACUGCUCUUCAAGCAAGGUGGCGAUGAGAACCAUGUUGUCGUUACGGAUCGAACCAUUUUUCACCCCCAAGGAGGCGGCCAACCUUCUGAUGUCGGCGAGAUGACCCAUCCGUCUGGGGCUACCUUUACCGUAUCGUCAGUCCGCAUGGACGCAAUCAACGACGGCCAAGUCUUGCACUUGGGACAAUUCGCCUCCCCAGCAACUAUUUUUAAAAACGGCGAUGAGGUUGAGCAAGCAACCGACGUUGAAAAGCGCCUCCUCUACUCGCGGUUCCACACUGCCGGCCACGUUCUCGGCGCUGCAGUGAGACAUCUCCUGGAAAACGAGAUUGAAGGGUUCGAUGAGCUGAAGGCAUCUCACUUCCCCGACGCAGCCUCGUGCGAGUUCAAGGGGAGCAUCGAUGGAAAAUGGAAAGAGCCUAUUCAGAAGAAAGUCGACGAGUACAUUGCGGCGAACCUGCCUGUCGAGGUUGAGUGGUGGGACGAGGAAGAUUUCCGGACGCGUGGGCUUGAGCGUCUGAUUCCUGAUAGAAGCAUGGCACCGCCGGGUGAGAAGUUUCGUGUGGUUAAUAUUGUGGGAGCUGAGGUUUAUCCUUGCGGAGGAACACAUGUUGACACGUCAGAUUUGUGCGGUGAGACCAAGGUAAAGAAGAUUUCUAGAAACAAGGGACAGUCCCGUGUGAGUUACACGUUGGCUUAG